AUAAAGCUCUGUUAUUAUGAUUUACAACAGUGAGUGGUAUUCUGAUUUACAAUGCCAGAAGAAUAGCUAGUAGACUAGUGUUGUGCCCAAUUGGUGUUGUGAAUAAAACCGUUCUCAAGUACUUGAAGUACUACCACUGGUCCAGUAGUGCUCGACGAUUGUCAACCAGAAGGAAAUUAUUUGAAUGAUGGACACUGAAUUUUGCAUCUCCAUUCCCAGCGCAGGAGGCUAUGAAAAGCUGGUCCAAUCUCCCCUGGCAGGCAACGACAGCAGCACUGGUGCCCAGACUCGCUUGUACAACAUCCCCGACGAUGAGCAUGUUGUCGUCGCUGUGUCAGCGUUGGGAGUCAAUUACGCGGAUGUGUGCAUUCGCUGGGGUUACUAUGAGUCUGCGAAGGAAUACGUAGGCUGGCCCAUCACGCCAGGAUUUGAGUUCAGCGGCAAGAUUGUGGAGGUGGGCACAAACUGCAGUGAUCUCCGUAUCGGGGAUGAAGUGUUUGGUGUCACCUUGUUCGGUGCGUACUCCACACGCUUGCGAGUUCCUGCACGCUACGUGUUCAAACGGCCCGACUACUUGAGUAUGCAGCAAGCGGCCUCUUUCCCGUGUGUCGGCCUGACCGCCUACUAUGCUGUUCACGAGCUGGUCCAUCCGCGACCGGGCGCAUCCGUUCUCGUUCACUCAGCUGCCGGUGGUGUUGGAAGCAUGCUGGUGCAGAUUUGCAAGCUGGCAAAGUGCCGGGUGGUCGGCGUCGUCGGCUCAUCCCACAAGGUCGAGGCCGCCAGGGAGCUCGGCUGCGAUGACGUCAUUGACAAGAGCAAGGAAGACCUGUGGUUGCGGUGUCGCCAGAUUGAGCCGAGCGGCUUCAAGGUGAUAUUUGAUGCAAAUGGCUCCACGAUUGGCAAGAGCUACGAGAACAUUCAGCCAGGUGGAAAGCUGGUUGUGUAUGGCUUUCACAGUAUAUUCCCAAAGGAAGGUGGCCAACUCGGUGUACGGCAAACAAUCGGUCUAGUGGCACAGUACCUUACAACGCCGUCUUUCAAUCCAUUCAAGAUGGUGGCCCAGAACAAAAGUGUGCUAGCGUUCAAUCUCAGCUUUUUGUUCAACGAAAUCGAAAUUUUCCGCGAGGCCAUGGACCAGAUACUGUCCUGGCUGGAGAAUAAGGAGCUAAGAAUACCCGCCAUUGAAACUGUUCCUCUGGAAAACGUCGCUGAAGCCCAUCGUCGCCUGGAGUCCGGACAGACUAUCGGUAAACUCGUCCUGGUGACACCGCAUCUUGACGAAGGCAAAGCCGAGGACAGUGCCUAAACUGGGUGCAUUGAUGGACUUUCGUGCGUGCGCCUGUGCCAAUUUGCGCGUGUAUGCUAUAUUUCUUUGGAGUUAUCACCUGCAAUUGCUGGGCGCAUGCUCGCACGAGGCUUUCACUUGCCACGGGACGCAAAACUUGUUUUUUCGGGCACUCGCCCCCUGUGCACGCGUGCGAGUAUGUGUGUGUGUGUGUGUGUGUGUGUGUGUGUGUGUGUGUGUGUGUGUGUGUGUGUGUGUGUGUGUGUGCGCGUGCGUGCACGCACACCAGCCCGUGUAUGCUCAGCCUGCAUGGUUGCCUCCGCGUGCCCGGAGAGAACUCUUCUACACAAGGGAACCAGUUGCUGCUACAUGUAUGAAUACUGGACAUGUUGCUACUCUCGGCAUACGGCUCUGUUUAAUUAAAGUCCCACCGCGACUUUGUUGUGGCACCGAGCAGUAUGGAUAGUGUUGCUUCACAGAUCCCAGUGGCGGAUAUUUACAGCUAGCUUACUCUAAACUCGCUAAGAAAUUUGUGGACAUCGCACAGCUGCAUUGUAGAAAGAAAAGGGGUUCGUCAACUGUCAACUGCUCUAUUCAGUUGCUGUUCACUCAGAUCUGCACUGAAUUGAAAAUCCCUACUCUAAACGGUUCGGGAAUGAGUUUUAUUUGCAAUGCAAUGCAACGCACCGGUUGAGCGUGACCCAGUGUUGCUUACGACUGUUUCUUAUUGUUUUUUUAUUUUUGAUACUUGUAGUCCGUCCUUCAUAGGCCGUCAUAGGGUUUACCGGACACGAUAAUUUACUCU